UGAGCCUUUCCUGAUACUCUCUCCCAGGUUCCCAGGCACGGUUCCUGCAGGCUGAUGCUCCUGCUCCCCCUUCCCAGCUGGAGCAUGUAAGGGCAGCUGUGGGUAUGUACUUGCAACAGGUGAAGGAUACUGCACAGAAGGCUCUUGAACAUCUGGAUGAGACUGAGUACAAAGACUACAAACUGAAACUUUCCCAGAGCCUUGACAACAUCCAGGGCUACAUCCAGUCAGCCUCCGCGGCCCUCUCCCCCUACACCGAUGCCUUCAGCGGCCAGUUCAUGGAGCUCACCAAGGACAUGCGGGAUAAGAUCCAGGCUGAUGUGGAUCAGCUGAAGAAGGACCUGGAGCCCAAGCAGGCCGAGCUGAAGGAGGUGGUGCAGAAGCACCUGGACGAGUACCGUGCGAAGCUGGAGCCCCUGGUGAAGGAGUACACGGAGAAGCACAAGAAGGAGAUGGAGGAGCUGAGGACCAAGCUGGAGCCCGUGGUGGAGGAGCUCCGUGUCAAGAUCCAGACCAACGUGGAGGAGACCAAGUCCAAGCUGAUGCCCAUUGUGGAGGCCAUCCGUGCUAAGUUGACCGAGCGCCUGGAGGAGCUGAAGACGCUGGCUGAACCCUACGUCCAAGAGUACAAGGACCACUUGAGCGAAGCCCUGACUGAUGUCAAGGACAAGGUUCAGGGGGAGGAUCUGCAAAGCAAGCUCAAGCCCUACGCCGAGGAGCUGAAGACCAAGCUUAUGGCUAUAUGGGAGUCCCUCAGCCAACCCAAAGCGUCCUAGACUCCCUCUCCUCAACUUCACCCCCACCCACCCCACCCUCGGCCAGCUCAAUUAUUCCGCUCACUGACACUUGCACUAUCUCACACGAAAAAUCGGAAAAAAACAUGGCACCCUGCCCACCCCCUGACAUCGACAGAGGUGCACAUUGUGUCGAAGCAGUAAGACUCUGUAUUUUUUAUUCCAGCUAACACAAACACAGACACGACACUUGAACACCACACGCUGUACUGUGGUCCAAAUGUGACAUCAGAAGUCUGACUACUGUGCGGUAGUUUGGAAAGCAUGUGCAUUCGCUAACGUGUGUUUGGUGACUCUGCGUCCAGGUUGUCCUGUUGCUUUUGGAAGGAAACUCUGUGUUGUCGAGCCUCCCCCCCGAGACACACACACAUCAAUCCAUUUCCAAGUUUCCUAACCCUCCGCAUAGAACAUUUUAACAAUAAAAUUGUCUAUUUCCUACCCACA